CAACUUCGGCUACAGUCGUGUAUCAGCGCUCGUGCGGAGUGGAUCGUGGAACGCUCCUCGUUCCAAACUCGACGGUGGAAUGACGGUGUCCUUUCUGUCGUCGUCACGAGACGCUAAGAAAGACGCUUGUUCGCGCAUUAACGUUAUACCUGCCCCCGCGACGAUGUCACCGUGACAACACGAUCGUUUUACCGGUCGAUUAUUAUUAACGAAAGAUCUCGCACGUGGUGUAAAGCGGGGCAGGAUUCAGCCGGCGCGUUAACGUGCUGUGCGUGUAACAGUGGAUGUGCUCGUUCGGUCUCUGUCGCUCUCACGGUAUUACCGAUCGUUCUAACCUCUCUCUCCGACUUACUCUGUGUGCCUUCUACGAACCACGACCGGUCGUCAUCCUGGAUAUCGCUUGUCCGUUGGAACCGGGCCCGCGCGUAGCAACCGCAAGAAAACCUAGUCGACGCUGAAUCAACAGGUGGGAAUCUGCCAACUUACAGGUGUAUCCCGGAUGGCGGGGACGUUGGUUACACGAUGACGGAAUUGCAGCCGUCACCGCCAGGAUAUCGAGUCCAGGAUGAGGCCCCGGGCCCACCUUCCUGUCCUCCAGGCUCCUACAAGUACGCGAGUCACGGCCACAGCAGCGAGGCUGCCAAUUUCAAGAGUACCUCGUCGUAUCCUCAGGAAGGCUAUGGCCUUAAGCAGAGUCCGUCUCGAACGGUGCCUCCUAACGAGUACUAUCGGCGUAGAAACGACGGUAGGAGGUCCACGGAAAACGAGCACGAGGCUGCCAACGCAGCGAAGAAAGCCACAGUUGCCGGUUACAACGAAACUUACAAAAAGAAUACUGCGGGCUACAAGAACGACAGCGGGUAUAGCGAGAGUCUUGGAUUCGACAGUUACACGCUCCCUCUCAAUGAAAGAGACGAAGCGUCGCCGCCGCCAACACCGCCAGUCCGAGACGCGUCGAGCCUCAAAGGCGUCUGCUAUGGCCCCGGUCACGAGAAGUACCCGUCGUGGCCGAGCGCGCCAGAGCGACACCCCGACGAGGAUGUCCACAGCUCAGGCCACAGCGGAUCACAUCGAUCCAAGUCUUGGACCGAUCACACCAACUACCCGAAGGAGAAGCCUGCCCAAUACACCAGACCGCACACGAAGAGGCCCAAUCCUACGUUCACGCAGCAGCUGAAAACGGUGAUGGAACGUUGCGAGAAAAUCCCGGCGGAGACUUUCGAGUCGCGUAAUAGAACCGCCGUGGAAGAGGAAUCGAGAUUGUGGCCUCGCGUGGAUCGCGAGGGCAAAGCUCUGGGUGAUGCGGAGUAUGUGGUGCCAUCGCCUCCUGAACGCGAGCAACAAACGGCUCAGACCCUCAGCCAUGCCGAUUUGGAAGCCUACGUUAGAAGCUAUCAAGAUCCUCAAGUGUCCCAGGUGGACAUUUACAGGGAAGCAACCCUAACACAAGCGGGCCUUGAAGAGUACACGAGGGUGCAACAUUCUCAGCAAGCUAGCUACGCACAAUCCGAAGGUUAUCACAGUUACGUUUCCAGUGUCGAUUCUACGACGAACACACCGUUCCUCGAUAGGUUGAGAAGAGACAGCGAGGCAGUGGCACAGAGGCCAACGUCCACCUGGGAGGAUACAUCAAGGGAAGGAAGAGAUAGCGUAGUGACGACGUCCAGCGGAAGUGCCUCGAGCAGCGAAACUCUGAAAUGGCACGGAUCGAUGUCGGACGUGAGCGUGUCCAGCGGGUUGCCAGCUCGCCAGGGCGCUUCGGAUCGGUGGCAUCACGGAUCGAUGUCGGACGUGAGCAGCGUUAACGGUGGAAUUUUGCCUCAGAAACCCAACAACAGCUGUCAUGACAAGUGGCAAGGAUCUAUGAGCGACGUCAGCACCAGCGGUUUAUCUCCAACCACAAAGGGCAGGCACAGCGAGAAAUGGCCAGACAAGUGGCAAGUUUCGAUGAACGAUCGCAACAAGCAGAGUCAGGGUAGAUCUAGCUUACCGGCUGUGAUCAAUCAUUGCAACGCAUCGACCAACGUAGCAGACGUUUCGUCGACCGUUCGAGAGAGCAAGUGGCAAGAGUCGAACAUCGACGAGGAAUCUCUAGUGGAUAAAUCGCAGUCAGGAUCUCAGUGGGACAAUUCGGUGAGGAUCGAAGGUGAUAAGUAUGGUUCACUGGCUCAACCGAUGCCGCAGAGUCCAAUUCGUCAGCAGCUCGGUGCUACGACCCCUCAGAGUCCCGAAAAUUGGAACCCUAUACAUGGAUCGAUGUCGGAUGUUAGUCAAGCGAACGGACAUCCGUGUAGCAAACAGUUGAUCGCUCACAGUGCCAGAGUUCAAACUCCACAAAGACACCAUUCAGAGAGUGUGUUGUACUUGGACCGCGAACGAAAUCAACGCAAGCUGUACCCUGUUAGCACUACUCAGCCUCAGGAAUCUACGCAAUCUUCAAGGAUGGUGCCAGCACUGCCUCAACAGCCACAAAUGUCAGUGGCGGAACGUAUAAACGAGCUUGAGAAGCAACAACAACAACAACAACAGAUGCGUUACACUUACCUGGACCCAGAAAAACGCCACAGAGUCUCCGACCCAACCUUAAAAGCCAUACAAAAGAAAGCCCUGCUUUCCUUCUACGAGAGACACCACCAGGCAUCCUGGAGAUCAGAACCGCAACUGGCCCAAGGAAUAGCUCCUGCGCCUCAAAGCCCCCCGCCUCAGCCACCCCCUCGUCCUAGACCGCCUUCCUCGAGACGAGCGAGCUCCGCCUCCGACUACGCCAGUGGCACCUGGCGAGAAAAUGGAAACAGGAAUCAGAACCAAGGUAAUGGAGAACUGUCGAGUCCUAAGCAUCAGCACAGCAACAGCUGUGGUAGUCUCUCUACGGACUUGCUAGGCCCUGUGAUAGUAGGACCAGCUAUAUCGAUCGACGAUUGGGUGCCAGAAAGGCCACCCAAAAAACCACACUUGAGAAACGUUUACAACGACCGUGUACCCAGUCCCGAUUUACCACCGCCAUCUCCUCCUACAGUGACUGAAAAUGAAGUUCACGAUUGCGAUGAUCCACUGCCACCUCCGCCGCCAGAGCUCAGCGAAGAUUGUUUCACUGAGAGCCAGCGCAAGCCCAGCAGCACGCACCAUCAAUCUGAGGAGACAAAGAUUCGUGAUAGAUCUUGCGACAGACACAAGUUAGAGAGACACUCAAUGAGAAGAUCGAAACACGGUUCCAAGAGAGAUCACGAGAAGUCCGGAAAGUCUUCCCCAAAUUCGCCCGUGAAGACGAUGUCCCAGGAACAGGAGCAACACCAAUUCGUUAGACCUGCCAUAGCAUUGAAGCAUGUCGACUCCGAGAUGGUGCUGGAGAACGGUGUUUCAGCUGGAUUCGCCACACAUAGAAUGGUGGCUACGGGUCGGUCGAGUUUAAGAUACCCGUCGACGCAGAAGUUAAUGGUGAAUGGCAGAGUAACGCCAGCCAGGAGAAUAUCGGAGGAGCGGCCUUUCUCUAGCAGGCCACCGGCGCAACUACCUGAUCUCAUCUCGCAGCGAUAUAGCGACUCUGGGAACCAGAGACCUGCCCCUCAAGUACCCGUGGAACCGAGAAUCAUUCGGCAAGAGUCGAUGCGAGUGGACGGAACGCGAAUCGACGUUUCUGGCUUACUCAGGAACGAUUCGGCUCAGAGACUGGAAUCCUCUUCUGGUCAGAGACCUCAGCCGCAAGUGCCUAAAAACGUCGAUAAAAGUGCCUCGAGUAAUCAAUCUAAUCAGGCAACGAGACCAAACUACCUGCCCGUGCCUGAGAAUUCUAAGUGCGCGUCCAAAUAUCUAGAAGGUGGAAACCACGGUUUUGCAAUUGGUAGUCCAGUGAAGACGGGCUACGAGGCCAAUUCCAAAAUGUUCCCGUCGGAGUCGAGUCCUCAGAAGUAUCACGAGCCCCCGAAAUACGUGCCCAACCAUCACCAACGUCACGGAGACGUGACACAGAGGAAUUACUACGCCCUGCCCCCUAAGUACAUCGACGCACCGAAACAAAAACCUCAACCUCAGUGUCCUACGGAUAGAUACGGUGGUACUGGUUCACCUAGUUCUCCUCCUCCGCCCCUGGCGCCGCGACAGAACACUCCAGGCAGGAAAUCGUUGCCACCUCCGCCUCGACCGGCACCUCCACACGCGCUACAGGGGAGUCAAUCGAAGGCCUCUUACUUGGCGUAUCGUCGAGAACGAGGAGCGCCCGACACCGAGGGCAGUUACAAAAGAACCAUGUCACCGACAUCUCGCCUAGAGGACUGGCCACCGCCGCGGGAUCACGACGAUCCGGUUCUUCUGCGCGUCACGCCUCAUCAUCCGUUGCAGCACCAUCACCAUCACAACAAUCAUCAUCCGCAACAGCCAGAGCUUUCCAAGUCUCACAGCGUGGACGCUCUUCAUCAUCGGUUGGAGGAACGGUCCGCGCAACAGCAACAACAACAACAACAGCAGCAACACUCGGCGGAGGUGAUCGGAAAGUUGUCGCACGAUUUGAACAAGAAACUGCAGUCAAGUGAGGCGAGAUCACGAACCAGCGAGAAUAAUAAUAACGAUAACCUGGAGGAUCGACAUCAGCAUCAUCACCAUCAUCAUCAUCAUCAGGAGAAGAGGCAGCAAGAGAAAAGGCACGAUUAUGAGCAACGUAGGGAACGGCUGUCGCCCCAGAGCGUCGAGAUCCUUAACGACAGGAACCGACAGCUGGAACGCGAACGCAGGAAGCUGGCGGCCAGUUGCGAACCCCUACCUCAGAACAGAGAGAAACAGAGUCGAAGCAUGGACGCGCCCUCAUCGGUUGUCGAGGAGGAUUUCUUCCGCGAGCGAAGCGCCACCAUCGAAAUGACCUCGCAGAACAUCGAGCUGCUCAAUCGGCGUAACGAGAAGAGAAUGAACGCUACGUCGACGUCGACCAGCACGAUCACUACAUGCAUUACGACAUCGUCGGCAUCCACGACAAUGACGAUCACGACGGACAGUUGCUGGCCACGAGGUCACGAAGUUCGAAGCUCCAUCGAGGCGUCGGCCGUUACGGAAAGGCCUGCAGCCCCGACCAAUUCACCUCCUAGAACACCGGAUCAGAUGGAAGGAGACAGCUCGAGAGGCGCCGUACCGAGACGAUCUGGAAGCUGUUCCAGUUCUUCGUCCGGUAGAUCGUCAGAUCCUCGUGUUUCGCCGCGGAUAUUAUCCAACAGUUUCUCUAAGAGCGACAAUUCUUCACCUAACAACAGAAAAGUCUCCAGUCCUACACAAACGGACAACACUGGUUCCUCGAACAGAUCUAGCUCGCCCGUCCGUUCGAGUCAAACGAACGAGAUAGAGCUGAGAGUAGACAGAUCUUCCUCGUCGAGUAAGUCCAGAUCCGGAGGAAGGUCCUCGACGUCCUCGAUCUCGAGCGUGUCGAAGGCUUCUUCUUCAUCGUCGUCGAGGAAUUCUCCGGUCGAGGAAGACAGACCAUCUCCUCCGGUAUCACCGUGUAUGUCGCCUCAACCAGGAAUAGAGGGACUGACAUUGUUGCAACGUACCGAAGUUGUGCUCCGAGUGAAUACUGCUACCAGUGACGCUGCCUCGCAGACCGAGAUCUUGGAGCCAACGGAGUGCGAAACACCAACCAAGACUCAGGAAAUUCCACUGUGCCGAAAGAAACUGCCAGAAGAAAUCGAAUGUGAGGAACUGGGCAGGGAUUUGGCGAGCCAGCUCAAUCCGAACGACAAACUGGUACCUCUUCUAGUUCCAGCGCCGGAGCACAAAAAGCCUACCGACUAUGUUACCGGUUUGUUCAGGGUGGAAGCGACCUUGCAACCGCGACCUAGGCGCCGACUCUCCCUCGAGGAACCGACGACCCCGUGCUCCGAGAACGGAGACGAGGAGAAAAAGCACGAGACGAUACCCUCUACUCCGGUCACUCCAUUAUCGGCGGACUUGACGAGUCCUCUGUCCCCGACAUCGGCUUACUUCACCACAUCCGAAGGAAAGGCGAGAUUCCUCACAAGAUACACGCGUGACGUGACCGUCGAGGGGUUGACGCGGCAGGAAGACUCGUCGCCGCCUGUCGUUCCCACAGACAGUCUUGAUCUCAGGCAGAAAAAGGAGGAGCUGAUGAUGAGGUUGGACAAGAAGCUGGUGGUUCUGAGAGCGGAACAGGAAGCCGUGCGAGAAGAGGGAGAUGUAAACGAAGCUUUGGGAGCGCGAGUCGCCACGAGGAUCACCGCGGUCGCAAGACCAGCGGAAGCUUCCAAGUAUCGGCUCCACGUGGAGGAAGUAGGCAAGAUCACGAGCCUUCUUCUUGGCCUGAGCGGUAGAUUGGCUCGAGCUGAGAAUGCUCUGUACGGAAUGCCGGCUGAUCACGCGGAAAGGAAAAUUCUGGAGAGUAAAAGAGACAAGUUGAUGGAUCAGCUGGAAGAGGCGAAAAUCCUAAAAAGCAACAUCGACAAGCGCAGUGUGAACGUAUCGACGAUUCUGUCGAAGUACCUGAACGAAGAAGAGUUCGCGGAUUAUCAACACUUCAUCAACAUGAAGGCGAAGCUGAUCGUGGACGGCCGUGAGAUUCAGGACAAAGUGAAGCUCGGGGAGGAACAGCUUGCCGCAUUGAGGGAAGCGAUCGACUAGUCGUAAAACAAACGCGAACCCGAUCGCGAUCUGAUCGCACCAGAGACGCCUGUUUAUGCCUGGAAACGCGUGUUCCCUCGAGCAUGAUACGAUUUUUUUUACGACAGGAAGGAACACGCGAUCAGAUCCAGGGUAUUUUGCAAACGACACGUUGAAUUUUGUAAACGAUCCUGCUACGCGUGUGUUCGAAUCGAUGAAUGGAACGUGAUAUCUUUAGCGAAUAGGCGUACUGGUAGCUUGAAAUCGUUUUCUUCUUUCUUUUUUUUUUUUUUUUUUUU